GCGAGUUGCUGUGGAACUGCUGCCAGGGGAUACGGAGCACGAGCUGGUCUCGGGGACGGACAGGGCUCUCGGUGUGUUUUAGUGGCAGCGCGGUGUUUACAGCCGCUCCAAUCUCACUGCUUAAUUACUGCGGGUUUCUUCAGCACGGCAGCUCCUCUCAGCCAAGAUAGACGCCCUGGAACAGCCAAGAAUGCCUAACAUCAAGAUUUUCAGCGGCAGUUCGCAUCCAGACCUGUCUCAGAAGAUCGCUGACCGGCUGGGGCAGGAGCUGGGGAAAGUUGUCACCAAGAAGUUCAGCAAUCAGGAAACAUGUGUAGAGAUCGGCGAGAGCGUGCGUGGAGAGGACGUUUACAUUGUUCAGAGUGGCUGUGGUGAGAUAAACGAUAACCUGAUGGAGUUAUUGAUUAUGAUCAAUGCGUGUAAGAUCGCGUCAGCCUCACGAGUGACUGCGGUCAUCCCCUGCUUUCCCUACGCCAGACAAGACAAGAAGGAUAAGGUGGGGAGCCGGGCACCAAUCUCUGCCAAGUUAGUUGCCAACAUGCUUUCAGUAGCUGGAGCUGAUCACAUUAUCACUAUGGACCUGCAUGCCUCUCAGAUACAGGGUUUUUUUGAUAUCCCAGUGGAUAAUCUGUAUGCUGAGCCUGCAGUUCUGAAGUGGAUCAAGGAAAACAUUAACGAGUGGAAGAACUGCACUAUCGUUUCACCUGAUGCAGGCGGAGCCAAGAGGGUGACGUCCAUAGCAGAUCGUCUGAACGUAGACUUUGCUCUGAUACAUAAAGAGAGAAAGAAGGCAAAUGAAGUUGACCGCAUGGUUCUUGUCGGUGAUGUGAAGGACAGAGUGGCCAUCCUUGUGGACGACAUGGCCGAUACCUGUGGCACCAUCUGCCAUGCAGCAGACAAGUUGGUUUCUGCUGGAGCUACCAAAGUUUACGCUAUUCUGACCCAUGGCAUCUUCUCUGGGCCUGCAAUCUCUCGUAUAAACAAUGCCAACUUUGAGGCUGUGGUCGUCACCAAUACCAUUCCACAGGAGGACAAGAUCAAACACUGCAACAAGAUACAGGUUAUUGACAUCUCUAUGAUCCUGGCAGAGGCAAUCAGACGAACCCACAAUGGAGAGUCAGUGUCGUACCUGUUCAGCCAUGUCCCUUUAUAACACGCACACACACACACACACACACACAUACAUAGACAGACAUUCAUGCUCUCUUUCCCCAAUAUAUCUACAGGUACACAUACACACACAUUCAUUUAGUUACACACUCACAUUCUGUACACACACACAUCCUCACACGCUCCCAUGUUGCCAUUGCUUGUCAUAAAAUAAAUACAAAUACCUAAGAGAACAUUACAGCUAUUCACCUGCUGUAAUGAACAUUUUACAAACUCUAUGCUGCCAUUAUUUUAGGAAUCCCUAAUCACCAGGGGUUAUAUCUGCUACUCCAUCUUUAAGCUUUAUCUGAUUGUUGAAGCUGAGCAUUAUCUGGUGUUACUCAGCAAUUUGUCAGUUAAUUAGUUUUUAGGACUGGUUUGCUUGAAAUAAGCUUUUACAAAUUGUGGAAUGCAACAUUUGCUAGAUUGGACAAGCCCUAUAGAAUGCAGGUAAAAAUCCGGUUCAGCCUAGUGAAUUAGAUUUAUUUAAUAUAAAGAGGGCAGAAUUGCUUCGUAACAUGGAGUUUUCAGUUUAAAAGGCCAUACUACAGUAUAAAACUAGAUUGUGUUAUUGGUAACUGUAAUAAAGAAUGGUCAUAAAACAAAAGUAUCUGCCACUGUAUGUUUGAUUACAUCCAAAUGAAUCUCUGCAGAAGUGAUAUUUCAUGUCCUUAUAAUAUUCAUACAAAGAAUUCUAAUUCCAAAUUGAGACACACUCUAGUUUUACUUAUUUUGACUGAAAAUGAGCAACAGUUAUUCAUCAGGUUGAAUGAGUUUUUUUUUUUUUACCAGCAUUCUGUAAAUAAAGCUUGUCCAGCCUCACAGCAGGUACUAUAAAAGGACACAUCUGUGGGAAAUGCCUGGACAUGUGAACUUUCUCUGAUUCUAACUGGAAAUCUGUGUGUGACCAAAUAUUGGGUGAUUGAUCCACAUUAGCUGGAUAUGAGUCUCCUAAUGACAUUUUGUUUUACAGGCAGAUUUAAAAAAAAAAAAAGUACUUUUUACUACACAUCAGUCACUAUCAGGUACAUUAUAGCCAGAAGGUUCUGGUACAGUGCAGCGGUGGCAUUGUAAUGAUUUGGCCAUGUUUUAGAAUAUUGUUGUGGCAGCUGGAUUUCUUUAUUUAUCUCAAAGGGAUAUUUUCUUUCAAGUGGGAAUUUUCUUUUUUGUGCAGUAUAUUGCUUUAAUAUUUUUUUUGUGGCUGCUGAAGAUUCAGGGAGUUCAUUAAAGUGUAAAGUAGAAAGAAGAGUCAAGGCUUAAGUUAGUAUAUUUUUCUAUAUGAAGGCAUUUGUUGAGAUGUUGCUAAAUGUUUGUUUUACGUAAAUGUUUGUGCUCUGUGUUUACUCGUGUGGUUUCAAGGCUGCAUGAGGACAGAUCUGUUCUGAAGUGCCCUUCAGUGCUCAUUAAUCUCUCUCUUUCUAUCUCUCUCUCUUUUGCCUCUCCCUAUCUAUCCCUAUCUGUUGUCCUUUUUCUCUCUUUCAAAAACAUACACAAAAAAGUACAAAAUGUAAGAGUAAAAUGUUUAAGCCUUUUUUAUCAAACUGUGGCAUUUGUAUUUGUGUAAUGUUGUCACCUCUUUCCUUUUGACUGUGAAGGAUGUUUGGAAUGUUUUGACCUUCUCAAUAGAUGAAGGACUCCAUGAUUUAAUUGGUCAGAGUCUGAUGCCUUAAAAAGUGUUGAAAGAAGUGAAUGUGGGCAGAGCCUUUGUUUGGUUAUUUCUCCUCUCCACCAAGCAGACUGUCACCUGAAUGAACAAUAAAUCAUCUCAGAUUUAUCACUUCA